CAUUGCCGAAGCUGGCCGAUAGGUUCCUCGCAGCCGCUAAGGGGAUGUAACAGCACUCGACCAGGCUGGGGGAGCUGGUCGGUAAAUAAAGCCGCCUUCCCUCCGGCUGCGAGGCCUUUUUUUUAACUUCCCGGUGAGACUAGGUUUGGAGGGUUUCCGGCCGGAGGCCAUUAGAUGGGACACCCGGAAGGCGGAAGUCCCAGGGCGGAAGUGGCCGAGAGGAACGGAGAAUGGCGGCGGAAGGCUGGUUUUGGCGCUGGGGCUGGGGCCGGCGGUGCCCGGGGAGGCCUGGGCUUCCCGGCCCUGGCCCUGGCCCCACUACACCUCUACUUCUUUUUCUGUUGCUGGGGCCGGUUGUUGCAGAUAUAACUGACGGCAACAGUGAACACCUCAAGCGGGAGCAUUCGCUUAUCAAGCCCUACCAAGGGGUCGGUUCCAGCUCCAUGCCCCUCUGGGAUUUCCAAGGCAGCACUAUACUCACGAGCCAGUACGUGCGUUUGACCCCUGAUGAGCGCAGCAAAGAGGGCUCUAUCUGGAACCACCAGCCUUGCUUCCUCAAGGACUGGGAGAUGCAUGUCCACUUCAAAGUCCACGGUGCAGGGAAGAAGAAUCUCCAUGGAGAUGGCAUUGCCUUGUGGUAUACCCGGGACCGCCUUGUGCCAGGGCCUGUGUUUGGAAGCAAAGACAACUUCCAUGGCCUAGCCAUCUUCUUGGACACAUAUCCCAAUGAUGAGACCACAGAGCGUGUGUUCCCGUACAUCUCGGUGAUGGUGAACAAUGGCUCCCUGUCCUACGACCAUAGCAAGGAUGGCCGCUGGACUGAGCUGGCAGGCUGCACGGCUGACUUCCGCAACCGCGAUCAUGAUACCUUCCUGGCUGUUCGCUACUCCCGUGGCCGUCUGACGGUGAUGACCGACCUAGAGGACAAGAACGAGUGGAAGAAUUGCAUCGACAUCACGGGAGUGCGCCUGCCCACUGGCUACUACUUUGGAGCCUCGGCUGGCACCGGAGACCUGUCUGACAAUCAUGACAUCAUCUCCAUGAAACUGUUCCAGCUGAUGGUAGAACAUACGCCUGAUGAAGAGAACAUUGACUGGACCAAGAUUGAGCCCAGUGUCAAUUUCCUCAAGUCACCCAAAGACAAUGUGGAUGACCCGACGGGAAACUUCCGCAGCGGGCCCCUGACGGGGUGGCGGGUGUUCCUGCUGCUGCUAUGUGCGCUCCUGGGCAUCAUCGUGUGUGCCGUGGUGGGGGCCGUAGUGUUUCAGAAGCGGCAGGAGCGGAACAAGCGAUUCUACUGAGCGGCCGGCGCUCUGCUCUGGGGAAGGCCUGGUUUUGGGCCCCGGCACUAAUGUGAACUUUUUUUUUUACUGAGAUUGUAAAAGAAAAACAAGACGACCUUAUUUCUUAACCGUUUCAAAGAAAUAAUUAAAGUAUUUUCGUACAUUUUGCUUCUUGCCCAGCAGGGAUAAGCUGCAGGGCUGGGGAAUAGGGUUUGGCAUCCCCACACCUGGGGCAGAGGUCCUCACCCAUCUCAGGAGCAGGGAGGAGUCUGUGCCUGGAGCUGGGCCCUGGCAGGUGGCUCUUGAACACUGGAGGGCCCCCCAAACACAUUGUGGUGGGUGUCUGACGAUGCAAGCAGUGAUUUUGUUCUGUGCGGUGUGUGUUGGUGGAAAAGGAGGCUGACUGGGGAACCUGGGCCUUUUUGGUCACCCUCUGAGCUUCUUCCCAAGGCAGAGCCUCAAGUGAGGCUGGAGGAGCAAUUUGGUGGGGCUCAGAGUGUGACCGUUUGCUAAAUAAAGUGAAAUAACCAACCUCA